CCCAACGACCGCCAAACCGAGCGAGCACACUUUCCCUUUCUCUUUCUCAUCAGAGAACAUAACAUCCUCUUUUUUUUUUCUUUUAAGUCUCACGGCGAUGCUUUCUACUCCGGAGAGGGUCAUGAACAUGGACGGAUCUGCAACUGCAUCUCCGGAGUUGGUCGUUUCCGAUCCCUCACCAUCGUCCCCCGACGGAUCGCGCUCUAGUGGCUCACCUGAUCGCACCUCGUCUCCAAGCCCUAGUCGUGGUGGUGAAAACCAGUCUGAAGUCAUAUCGAGGAGUGAAGAGUAUAGGCAAUUAUUUCGGCUUCCAGCUGAAGAAGUCCUUGUUCAAGAUUUCAACUGUGCUUGUCAAGAGAGUAUUCUUCUCCAGGGUCAUAUGUACCUCUUCAUUCACUAUAUCUGCUUUUACUCUAACAUCUUUGGCUAUGAGACCAAGAAAAUUAUUCCAUUUGCGGAAAUCUCCUCUGUUAAACGAGCAAAGACUGCUGGUAUUUUCCCCAAUGCCAUUGAGAUUUUAGCUGGUGGGAAGAAGUACUUUUUUGCAUCCUUUCUUUCCCGUGAUGAAGCUUUCAAGCUUAUCCAUGAUGGAUGGGUUGAAUAUGGUUCUCCUCUCAAAUCAGAAGCCCAGCUUCAGGAUUCUUUAUCUGAGUCCAACAACGAUGGACUUGUUAACAGGGUACUCACUACUUUGGAUUUGGCGACUGACCUAGAUUCCCCAUCUAGGGAUGAAACACCUCAUCUUUCUGGCAGUUCCAGUGUUCCUGUUAUUAGUCAAAAUGGCCUUUCACCUUCAUCCGUAACUGUUCAGCGGCACUCAGAACCACUUGUAGAUAGUGUGGCCUCUUCUUCAACCAAUAUCGUCAACUCUAAGCCUGAAGACUUAAAUGCACCAAAAUUAUCAUCUGAUUUUACAAAGGUAGCAGAGGCAAAAUUUCCGAUUCCAGUAGAAGAGUUCUUUAGAUUGUUUUUUUCAGAUGGCGCUGUCAGUUUUGUUGAAUCUUUCCAUAAAAAUUGUGGAGAUAAAGAUUUUAGUUGUAGCUCUUGGGAACAUCAUGAAAAGCUUGGACACACUCGCAAAGUCUCAUUUCAACAUCCGAUAAAAAUAUAUUUUGGUGCAAAGUUUGGUGGCUGCCAGGAGUCACAGAAAUUUCGGAUGUACAGAGAUAGCCAUCUGGUUAUUGAAACAUCGCAAGAGAUCACUGAUGUGCCUUACGCAGAUUACUUUACGGUAGAGGGGGUCUGGGAUGUGAAAAGAGAUUGCAGAGACUCGAUAGAAAGUUCUAUACUAGAUGUGUAUGUCAAUGUGGCCUUCUCUAAGAGAACAGUGUGGAAAGGAAAAAUAGUGCAGUCGACUUUGGAAGAGUGUAGAGAGGCUUAUGCAGCAUGGAUAAGAAUGGCACAUGAAUUGUUGAAACAGAAGAAGCUGGAGAACCAAGAAGGUAUCAAGUUGAGUGAGGAUGGUGAAAUGCUAUCAGCAAGCGAAGAAAAAGUAUCUGAAUGUGAAGAGCAGAGGGUGGAGAUAGCUGGAGAAAGAGGAGGAGGGGUAGUGAAUAUUUUAAGGGAAUCAUUGGUGAAUGUGACAUCAUUUGUGAAGAGGCAAAGCGGGACAAGGCAUGCUUUAGUGAUAGCAUUUGCAGUGAUCCUACUGAUGCAGGUAACGAUAGUGGUACUUCUGAAGAGAGGACCGGAGCAAGUGCAAAUGGGUAGUGAAUACUACAGCAGCUACGACAAGAAUGGGAUUGGGGAGAGUGUUGGAUGGCUGGAGAAGAGAAUGCAUUUCCUGAGAGAGGAGAUGAUUAUGGUUGAGGAUAGGUUGCAGAGGAUGCGACAAGACCACGCUGCCUUGAAGGCUCAGCUCCACCAACUGGAACGCCUCCUUCUCCGCCACCAACAGUGAGAUAAAUAUAGAUGCGACUCUUUCUGCAGGCGGAUUUGUAUGUAAAUGUCUGUAUGUAUCAUGUAUAAGCUUUUGUAUUUUCGGAUGUUAGUUUGCAAAGUUCCACCCACCCACGGAUAUGAUAUGAUAUGGGUCAGUGUUGUAAGUAUUGGACAAACUGUUUGUUUCUCAGCUGCAAAUCCUCUUAUAUUGCUGA